GGCUUGGGGAGAGGCGGGCGGCGGCGGCGGCGGCGGCGGCGGCGGCGGUGGCGGUGGCGGUGGCGUCUCGGACUCCGGCUCCCGACCCAAGUUCCCUGUUCUACUCGCUGGUCAUCGAGCAGCUGUCCAGCAGGACUGCAUCAGAUCCCUCCACACUGAGCAUCUACUCUCUUCCUCUCAGGCAGGCCCAGCUUUCUCCAGCCCUGCAGACGUUUCCUGGAAUGGGCAAUCUUCUUAAGGUCCUAACCAGGGAAAUUGAAAACUACCCACAUUUUUUCCUGGAUUUUGAAAAUGCUCAGCCCACGGAGGGCGAGAGGGAAAUCUGGAACCAGGUCAGUGCCGUCCUCCAGGAUUCGGAGAGCAUUCUCACAGACCUGCAGGCUUACAAAGGCGCUGGCCAGGAGAUCCGUGAUGCAAUCCAAAAUCCCAACGACAUCCAGCUGCAAGAAAAGGCUUGGAAUGCAGUGUGUCCACUUGUUGUCCGUCUGAAGAGGUUCUAUGAAUUUUCCAUCCGGCUUGAGAAAGCUCUGCAGAAUCUUCUGGAAUGCCUCACGUGCCCACCCUACACCCCAACCCAGCACCUGGAGAGAGAACAGGCUCUGGCCAAGGAGUUUGCUGAGAUCCUCCACUUCACCCUACGCUUUGAUGAGCUGAAGAUGAGAAACCCUGCGAUACAGAAUGACUUCAGCUACUACAGGAGGACAAUAAGCCGCAAUCGGAUCAACAAUAUGCACCUAGACAUCGAAAAUGAAGUCAACAAUGAGAUGGCCAACCGAAUGUCCCUCUUCUACGCAGAAGCCACCCCGAUGCUGAAGACCCUUAGCAAUGCCACAACGUACUUUGUGUCUGAGAAUAAAACCCUGCCCAUCGAAAACACAACAGACUGCCUAAGCACAAUGAUAAGUGUGUGUAAAGUCAUGCUGGAAACGCCAGAGUACCGAAGUAGAUUCACCAGUGAAGAAACUCUCCUCUUCUGUAUGCGGGUGAUGGUCGGCGUCAUCAUUCUCUAUGACCAUGUGCACCCAGUGGGGGCUUUCUGUAAGACAUCCAAGAUUGAUAUGAAAGGCUGCAUCAAAGUGCUGAAGGAGCAACCCCCAGACAGUGUGGAAGGCCUCUUGAAUGCCCUCAGGUUCACCACAAAGCACCUGAAUGACGAGUCGACCUCCAAACAGAUCCGCGCCAUGCUCCAGUAGAGGCCUCUCCGCACUGAGGAUCCCACCGGGGCCCUGACCUCAGAAGAUGUAUAUGUUUACAUAAUUUAAUACAGAUUUAUGUUAAUACUUGUGUAUUUACAUAACCAUUUCCUUCCUGUCAUUGAGAUAUAUGGCCCUUCAGUCCUAACCUGACUGAUUCUCGCAACCCGUAGUGAGACAUAAAUUUCCUCCCCAGCCCUCCCCUUGACCUUCAGACAGACAAGCCCCAUAGCCCCACCAGCCUGGGAGAAGGGAGGCUUUGUGUUUUCUGUUCACUGGACCCUCAGCUGUCCAAAGUCCCUCCCUCUCUGUGGUAGCCUUCCCUUCCUCAUUGCCCUGUCUUUGGGAGAGAAAUAGAGUUGUGGAAGCACAGCUAGGCCUCAUUCCUGUCUCAGCUGGGCUUAAAGCAAGGCAGACGUUCUCCUGAGACAGGAACUACAUUCACCAUAAACACUUUUUAAAAAUUAAAAUAAAAAUAAGAAGUUACGUGUGGAGACGGGGGAGCUGGUAAGUAUUAGCACUGGCUCGCUCUUCCUCGGCAGGCCCCACAGCGCAUGUGUGGGGUCUGUCUCCUGGCUGGGACUCGGGGGGGACCCUUGACAUCAGCAAUUUCUCUCAUUUGCACGAUGGAUUUUUCUUCUGCCUUUCUCUCUCAAACCAUCAAGACAAGCUGCAAUGCGGAGUUAAUACUGCUUGAUGACAGAGGCCCCUCUGCUCUCCUCCCCCCUCAGAAGCCUCAGCUGAGCCCUCUGUGCCUCCAGAUCCAUCCUGCUUUGAAGGGUCUCAAGAGGCCCGAGGGUUCACCUUCAGGCCAGGAUCUUCUUCUGGGGGUCAGGCACGUUGGGCUCUGGGAGGGGCCCCCAAUGCUGAGGAGCCAGAGGGAAUCCUCAGCCCUCCGCAAACCAGGGUUCAGGGGAGCAGCAAGAUAAACGUUCUGGAUAAUUCGAGGCAGUUCUGUUUUCAUCGGAGGGUAAUCACCAGGAAAUGCUUUUAACUUUCAAUCUACCCCUAGAAGUCUUCCCCCCAACCCCACCUUAUGUCUGAACCCUCUUUCCUGCCUCGUGGACGACAAUCUGGCAAAACUUCCCUGGAGGAUGGAGGGUCCGGCAGGGCCCCAUGAGCAUCAUCCGGGAACGUAGCCUAAGACAGCCACGUGGGACUUGAGCAAGUAGAACAUGACAUGUCAUCUUGGUGAACCUUCUCAUUUUACUGACGAGGAAACUGAGGCACAAAGCAGGGAAUGUGACUGCUCAAGAUCACUCUGCGGCAGUGCACAGCUCCGUCUCCUUCCCGGUCCUGUCCCCUGCUCACUGCUCUCUGGGCGUGUUGUGAGACUUGAAACAGCGAGGCGAGGGCCAUGUUCUGUGGCAGGUUGGGCGCUGGCCUCUGAGUCAGGAACAGCUGGCUUCAUCUGCCACCUCAGGUACUUGGGAGCCAUGGAGAAGUCACGUUCCCGCUUUCAGACUCGUUUUCUUCAUCUGUAAAAUGGGGUACUAGUGCUGGCACCUGCCUCCCAGGGUCAUGGGGAAGAGGAAAGCAGACUGUAUUUGUCCAGUGCUUAGCAAACCUUCAAGCACCAUAGAAAUGGGAGCCAGUGUUAUGGGUUACCUUUAAAUGGCUUUUGAUCAUUGAUGUGGUAGGAAAUGGAGGGGGGAACGUGGCGGGGGGCCCAUCUAGGUCUCUGCUUCUCGAGUGGCUGCCUGAUACGGGCCCAUUUUGUGGUCGUUUGCUGGAUUCUUCUCACAGAUAAUUUCCAGCUAAUUCUCUUUGGCUUCAGCCCUUGGAAUGAGCAGGAGGACAUGCACACCUUUGGUGCUGGAGUCUGGGAGUCAUCACCCCGUCCUGCCCUGCCCCCUCCACACAGCCAGGGCACAAGCUUGCCCGCCAUCCUCCUGGCUGUACCACUCAAGCACCUCUGGGACAGACAGAACCGGAGGUCUCAUUCCCCCCCCCCCAUUGGGACCCCACACACACAGGUGGCCAUCUAGGUGCCUCUCAAGGAAAGACAUUCCAUUGUCCAGAGCUGUCUUAUCUUUAGCUUCCAAGAUCCAAGUUCUUCCCUGUGGGUCCAAGCAGAGCAAGCCUGAUUCUGGUUCCACGUGCCAGCCUUUCAAAUACUUGAAGACAGCCCCCAUGCCCCGCCCCCACCCCUCAGCUUCUCCAGCUUGGCUGCCCCAGUUCUGUCCACAGCCUUCAUCCUGAAGAGUCUGAGGCCUUUGAUUCUGGCUCUGCUGCAUAACUCCCAGCUAGGUGGCACAGCUGAUAAAGCCCUGGGUCUGGAGUCAGGAAGACAUGAGUAUGAGUUGUGUGACCCUGGGCAAGUCACUUAGCCAAAGUUCUCAGCUUCUCCAUUUUUAAAAUGAGGAUGAUGAUGGUGCCUGCAAGGCUGUUGGGAGUUUCUAGUGAAAUAAUCUGUGUAAAGCACUCUGCAAACCUUGGAGCAAGAGCUCUCUAAUUACCAGCACCCAUCAUUCAUUUCCUCAUCUCUCAAAUGGAGGUUUUGGACUGGAUGGGUCACUUCCAUGUCUCAACGUGGGAUCCUCGGAUGCUGUCUGCCCGUCAUUUCCUUCAGUGACCUCGGACAUGUUGUUCUGACUGUGUGGGCAGUAAAGAGUGCCCUGGGCCUGGAGACAGGGAGCAGGUUCGAAUCCUGGCCAGCAGCAGUGUGACCCGGGAAGUCCACAGAAUUAGGGGCUGGACUCAGUUAAGUCCAAGGUCCUGUCCAGCUCUCCAUGUGGGGUCUUAUGAUUAGGCUUCCUGGGAGGUCCAUUUAAGCUCCAAAUCUAUGAUCUAAUUGGAUCUCAGAUCCACCUUGAUUGUCCUCCCGGAAGCUUCCCAGCUAAUCAGGGUCUUUUCUAAAAGGUGGCGCCCGAAGGCAGCACAAGAGGACAGCUGGGGCCUGGAAGCUGCCAGGCCCUUACAAACCACCCCAGCUCGGGGUCUGAGCCACCGACUUUCAUGGUGGGCCUUCUUGAGCUUCCGUCCACUGAUCCCAAGCUCCAUCCCACCCCACCCACCCCCAUCUUUUUUUUUCAGUGAAUUCUUCCUCCAUCCUGCAUCUAGGAAGUCUUUUUUUGUUUUUUGUUUUUUUUAACCUAAGGGGAGGACUUAAAAUUUAUCCUCACUAAAUUUCAUUUUAAUUACUUUGACUCAUCAUUCAUUCAUCCUGUUGAGAUAUUUUGGCACCCUGGUUCUUUUCCUUCAUGGUGUUAGCUGGCCCUCCCUGCCUUAUGACAUCUGAAAAUCUGAUAAGUGUAAUCGAAUUUAGAGCUGGGAUGGAGACAUCUGAGGAAUGUGCCAACAUGACCUCUACCCUGCACCACAAACAGGCCCAAAUGUUGCACAGAUUACAAGGGGAUGGCCUGGGCUCAGAGCAUCACACAUCUAGGGUCCAGGACCCCUCAGAGUCCAUCUGGGCCAACCCUCCCCAUUUUACAGAUAACAAAACUGAGGCCCAAGUAUGUUAAGGUCUCCUAACUCCAAAUGCAGCGCUUUUCCCACUACCAUCUGUGCCUUCACCCAAACCAGUGAUGAUAAGAUUGAACAGAACCAGUUCAAGUAUCUUUGCUGAACUCAGGUGCCAGGCAGUAAGGGAAAAGCAACCUUCAUCUUCUAUCAGACAGCAAUAGCAGUCCAAUGAGCAUUCUCCAAAGAGUCUUGCAAAUAAAUCCUAGGCUAUUGAGAAGUGGAAGGGACCUGAGCCUUUCCCGUUAGUCAAUACAGUUGUAACACAACUAAUUCUGGAAAACAAGAGUGUGAACUGUGAUCUCUGGAACUGUUAGGCUACAUGGAAAUACCCGUCUGUGAUCCCUGAAGGUCACAAGUGCUGUGAUAUGGAAAGCGUGACCAAUGUGGAUGGUGGGCUUUUGUCAUUCUCUGUGGCCUCAUGGGGUUGGAGCCUCUAGAGCCAGCCGGGGGUCCUUGGACAGUCAAGAGACCCAGACACAGUUAUGGUUGUAGGUGAAAUGCUAAGCACAAAGUAGGACUUUUCACUGGGGCUCCUUUUACAGAGGAGGAAACUGAGUCCCAGAGAAGGGAAGGGACUUAUCCAAGAUCACACAGAUGGUAAGGAACAGAUCGGGAUUCAAAACCAAGUAUUCUGACUUCAGACCCAUACCUCUCCCAACCCCGGUGGCCUGGACCACCAGAGAGAUGGGAGAUUAAGAAAUAGGAUUCCAGGGUCCUGGGACAAGAACUUUUAGAUUUCCAUUGAACCAAGUUUCUAUCUCCACCUUCAUCCACCACUGCCAGUUUUGCCCAUGACCUCAAGGUGGUGCCAAUCUGUAGCUGGAAGAGUCUGAGAAGGAAGAAUGUGUUGCUGGAGUUGGAAUAGAAAUAUUUCAUCUUCUUCCCCUCCCCCCCUGCCCUUCCCCGCUCCCCCCCUCCCAAGAAAAAAAUAGCAAGGAUCUGUGCCCCCCUCCUUAGCGGGUGGAGGGAAUAGCCUUGUGCUGUAGACUGAUCUGACUUCCUUUUUGAAAAUGGCUUGAACUAGGCUGCUCUGAAUUUGUAAUGGAUUUGACAGUAAUGCAACCAGGACCUUUCCCUUUAAGAGCCAAAUGCACUAGAAGGUUCUUUGCCAGAUGUAUGUAUAAAGAGCACUGCGCCUUGUGAACGAGACCUGGGUCCUGGUUCUCAUUUACUUUUUGCAGAAAUCAUGGUCCUUCCUGACCUGCCCUUUCUCCUUUUGUACAGAAGUUUUGAGUGUAAAAUGAAAUAAAAUUUGGUACAUAUCCUGAGA